AUGUGGGCUGUGGUCGCAUGCAUCCGCACGCCUCCACGGCUGGUUCCCCCAUCACUGGUGCGAAGGGUCGUCUCCGCUGGGACCACCUCACACGAUGCCCCCUCUUUGAUUCGUGGUGUGGCUGGUAUUGUGGGCACUCGGCGUUUUUUUGGUCACAAUUUGAGAGACGGUGAGGAGGGCAAUGAUCUGGCACAAGAUACGGUGGAGCGUGUGGAAGGAGAGGCAGUACCGGUGAAGGGCGCUUGGAGCAACCGCCAUUGGUCAAAUGAACAGCACCGGGAGCAGCAAAGCUUGGCCGAAGAGGCCAUAGCGCAGCUUUUUCAAGACACCACUCAACGAAGGAGGUUUCAACAGGAGGCUGGAAGAACACAUUCCGCACAGACCACCACCACAGUCACCACAACUGUGUCCGAGGAGGAAGAACGGAACAGUUUGUCGAAUCUCUAUGGAGGGGAGGGAGAGUCCUUCUCUCCUGUAGGUGUGGAGGCCGUAGAGCAGGAGCUGUUGGAUGAUGCCUUUUUGUAUUUCCCUCCCGUACAUCACGCGGAAGAACAUGCAGGAACACUGCCAGCCGGAGAAAGAUAUGUUCCCGGCCAGCAGAUCAUCCCGCCGGGAAGCACACGUUAUCGCGUAGACGUGCAGUAUCAAGGAAGCGACUUUGAUGGAUGGUGGAAAAGUACAUCGCGUCAAUUAUAUCGACGGGAAACGUUACCAGAUGGAACUGUACGUCGUGUACCUCUAACGCCAGAUACCACGGAUCAGGAAGACUCCUCCGCUAAGAAGACGAUGAGUAGUCGGUACCAUGCUCGAACAGUGCUGGAGGAAGCCCUGGCAGUGGCGCUAGAUGUUCAUACUGUCAAGGUAGUUGCUGGUGUUAUACCGGAAGUUGGGGUAUCCGUUCGGCGUUUGUGUUGUCACUUCGAUGUGCCCAGUCAUAUCGAAUUGCAGCCGCGUACCAUUAUCCAGCGAGCCACGAUGUGGUUGGAGAAAAGGCAACAACCUCUUGCUGUCCUUAGUUGUCAACGGUGCAAAAAUCAGGAUUUUCAUGCACGUCAUAGUGGUCUGAGACGCGUUUAUGUGUAUCGCAUUCUUAAUCGCGUUGCACCACCGCUUUUUGAUGCCGGGCUGCAGUGGCAUGUAGACCGUCACUUGGAUGUUCCUCGCAUGCAACGUUUCGCCAAAGCCUUGGAAGGAACGAAAGAUUUUGGCUACUUUGCCGAUCCCAAGAUGGCCAAUGCACUUCGGCGAGCAGCGCUCAGCCCAUGUGGCCUGUCGACAGGAGCCGCUUUAGACGAACAUCAACAACCGACUGUCACCGGGGAGUCACCGCGGGAUACGCAUGGGAAGGCGCCAAAGGUGAUUAUAGAAAAGGGAUCGAGUAACUUGGAACGUGCGGCUGCACUUCCAACCUUCAACGAAUACGGUCAGCGUAUUGUACAGCCGGGCGCCCACUCCAGGGAGUACUAUCGUGCCUCCACCAACCUACCGACAAUCCGUACGAUUGAUCGCCUGGAGGUGGUGCGACAAGACGACGAGGUGCUGAUUUGGUUUGUUGGCAAGUCUUUUCUGCGGCACCAGAUCCGAAACAUGGUGAGUCUGUUGAAGGCAGCGGGCCACGGUCUUUGGAAUGAGCUGGAGCUGCAACAAGCACUGCAAAGCGGGUUUGAACCGUCGCGGCGUCGGUUCAAGCGGGAACGAUUUCCUCCUGCCCCGGUUUACGGACUGACCCUUUGGGAUGUUGAGUACCCAACGCAGCACCGUGACGAUUUUGUGCCGUUUGUGGACUCCGGUCCCUACGAGGAGGUUAACAUCGCGCGGGAGAUUUAG